AGCGGGGACACCACGCUCCCGCAAUCUUCCCCCUCCACUCAUUGCGUCGCCGUUGCCGUUGGCAGGCAGCAGCAUCGCAGGGAACAGGGGGGCGAGGGCAGCGAGGAGGAGGGGGAAGGAAGGAAGAAGAGAGGUCGGGGAGCGAUGGGGCUGGGCGUGCGGGCGGCGCCCUUCACGUACGUGGCGCACGCGCUGGCCGUCGCGGCGGCGGUCAUGGUGCUGGUCUGGGCCAUCCACUUCCGCGGAGGGCUCGCCAUCGAGGCCACCAACAAGAACCUCAUCUUCAACGUUCAUCCUGUUCUUAUGUUGAUUGGAUAUAUUAUUAUCGGCAGUGAAGCUAUAAUGGUAUACAAGGUAUUUCCAACGUUGAACCAUGACACGGCUAAGCUUAUCCAUCUAAUUCUCCAUGGCAUCGCCCUUGUCCUUGGUGCGGUUGGAAUAUACUUUGCUUUCAAAAAUCACAAUGAAAGUGGGAUUGCCAACCUUUACAGUCUGCAUUCUUGGCUCGGGAUCGGAACUAUUACUUUGUAUGGUAUUCAGUGGAUAUUUGGAUUCGUUACAUUUUUCUUCCCUGGUGCUGCACCAAACUUGAGGAGGAGCCUCCUUCCUUGGCACAUUCUGUUUGGGCUAUUCGUCUACAUCUUAGCACUGGCUAAUGCAGAACUCGGCUUUCUGGAGAAGCUCACUUUCCUCGAGAGCUCAGGCCUCGACAAAUAUGGCACCGAGGCAUUCUUGGUGAACUUCACAGCAUUGGUUGUCGUGCUACUUGGUGCUUCUGUCGUGGUAGCUGCUGUAGCUCCGGCUCGCCUGGAAGAACCACAGGGUUAUGCUCCAAUCCCAGAAAACUAGUACCAAUGAAGUGUACAGCAUAUACAGUUGACAGGAUUGGCUGUUACCAUAGGGAGAUAAGAUAUUCGUAUCUCUUUAUUAAAAGAAAAAAAGAUACUGGAACUGUCACAAUAAGAAGAUAAUGCAUCUUCAUUGUGUGUGUAUGUACAUUCUGUGAUACUCAAGAAUUCAGUAUAUUAAUAUAUGCAAGACUGAUAUCCUGCUUGAUAAAAAUA